AGAGAGGUCACUUGUCACUGAAAAUUUGAUAGACAAGGAGGCUCUCGCAACAGGAAGAUUCAGUCAGUGGAAAAUUAUUUCAUGAUUAAAACUAAUUCAUAUUUGCAACAUUAGAUUUAAUUCUUCAAGGAUGAAAGAGGGGUUCUUCAUAUUAAUAAGUGUUUGGUGGGUUCAUCAUGCCGCUACACAAGGAACUAUUGACUCUAUCGUGAACGAUGCCAUUGAGGUUGCUUUAGGGGGUGGAGCAGGUGGGACACCCCAGCAGGCGGCUUUCGGACUGCCGACAGGAGCCGCACCAUCACCGGCUGCUGGACCAAUUCCUGCAAGUCGGACGUCUGGUGGGGGGAUAGCUCCCAGGCCAGUUUCCGGGACAGGGUCUGGUGCAUCCCGAGCGCUAUCCCGGUUCUCCCAGAGUAACGCUCCAGCUACCAAUGCGCUUCUCAGUGAUCGAUCUAGAAGAGCUUCUCUCGCAUCAAGACUGAUCGCAGAAAACCCGGAAGUAGGCGGAGGCACAGGCGCCGGUUUUCAGCGUGCAGCCGCAGAUCCCGAAAUUGCAGCAAGUUUCGAGAGAGCAUUUGCUCCAUAUUGUUACGAGAUUCCCAUAUGCGAUGUCACUGAUCCUUUCCGGAGAACAGACGGACAAUGCAACAAUUUGUUAAAUCCUCUCCUGGGGUCGUCUUUCACGCCACAACGACGAGUUUUGUCUGCUGCAUAUGAUAACUUAAUUGACAGCCCACGUACCCACUCUGUGACGGGAGACAUUCUGCCAAGUGCUAGAACGGUCAGCAACAACAUCUUCCAGUACACGUUUGGUGGCAUGACCCCAGUCAGUGCUCUAUAUUCUACCUAUCUCACGCAUCAUGGACAGUUCUUAGAUCACGAUGUCAUCGCUACACCCUCUGAAACUUUCGGGCCGAAUAAUGAUGGAAUUGGAGACUGCUGUUUCCCAGUUGGGAGUCAAGUGAAACCUGAAGCUUGUUUUAACAUUAAUGUUGAACAACCAGAUCCACACUUUCCGCCAGGUCAAACGUGUAUGAACUUUGUCCGCCAUACUGGUGCACCACCCUUGGGAUGUCAUAACGGUGUUCGUCAGCAGAUCAAUGAAAGGACGUCUUUUUUGGACGGCUCUAUGAUUUAUGGUUCUGACGUUACCCGAGAAAUUGCACUGAGAGAAGAAUUGUGGGGACGACUCGCUGAGACCCCGGGCGAAAAUCUUCUGCCACCUCACCCCGACGGAUGUCCAGCGGAGAUCAUGGCAAUGCGCCAAUGCUUCAUUGCAGGCGACCAUAGACCUAGCGAAACUCCAACAUUAACAGUUCCACACAUCACAUGGUUACGACGUCAUAAUCUGAUUGCUGACGCACUACGACUCAGCACAGGCAUCACAAAUGAUGAUGUUCUUUUCCAGAACGCCAAGAGAAUAUUGAUAGCAGAGCUUCAACAUGUCACGUACAAUGAAUUUUUGCCCGGUGUUCUCGACAAUUUCCAUAUGAAUGUUUUCAAUCUAAGAUCGAAUCCGGUAGGGCAUGCUGAAGUUUACAACGAAGACCUGGACCCAAGGACAAUUAAUGCUUUUGGCGUGGCGGCUUAUCGUAUGGGUCAUAGCUUGGUUAGAAACUCCGUAGGGCACGACAGAGGAGACGGAUUUGUUCAAACAUUCCCAGUCAGUGAACAAUUUGAGCGUCCUGAUCUGAUGUAUGAUCGCGGAUAUGAAUUUAUGGCUAGGUGGAUGUCAAGAGAGCCAAAAUCUAGGUCAGACAGAUUCUUGGUUGAUGGAAUCAGGAACAGACUGUUCGAAUUCCCGCCGUUACCAGGAAUGCACUCAUCAGAAACAUUGUCUUUCGAUUUGGGAGCAUUGAACGUUCAGAGAGGUCGAGAUCAUGGUAUCCCCUCCUACAAUGCUUACAGAGAAUUGUGUGGAAUGCGAAGAGCAUAUUUCUUUGGUACUUUCCCGGGUGGACUUAUUAAUCACUCUCCGGAAGCAGCAAAUGCGCUUCAGCAUACAUACAGACAUCCAGACGACAUUGAUCUCUUUGCUGGUGGUAUGUCUGAGACUCCUGUUCUGGGGAGCAUCCUCGGACCAACAUUCCAGUGUAUCAUCGCUUACCAGUUCAGUCUCUAUAAACACGGUGACCGUUUCUGGUACGAACGAACCUUCCCAGAAAAUCCCGUGGCGGCAUUCACCCCAGCCCAGCUUGCUCAAAUCAAACAAAUCACAUACUCAAAGAUUCUGUGUUCUGUCGUGAAGAAUCUUGGCCCUGGAAUUACUCACUCCUUCCAACCCAGUUUGAUGCUAAGACCUAAUAUCCCAGGGAAUUCGCCGGUAUCGUGCAAUAUGCUACUGCAAGGAAGUCCACUCGGAUUUGACAUUACUCCAUUUGCGGAAAUGCUAGGAUUAAGGGGACGCCGAUCUCGACCGUUAUUUCCGUGGUUGGUUAAUCAUCCCAUGCCAUUAAAUCCAGGCAUGCUGGGUAUUACACCAUUUUCACAGCCACUGUUACAGUUUGACGGACGCCGACAACCAAUGUCACAAGUUCCAAACCAUCCUAGUCCAUUGAACCCAGGGGUGAUAGGAAUUCUACACUUUAAAGGUCCUCUGUCUCGAUCUGACGAGGAUUAUUAAAUAGUAUAUUAAAUCCAUCGCAAGAGUUUCCUGUCAUUAAAUCUUGCACGAGAUUGAUAUAUCAAUAAGUAUCA